AUGGCGAAUUCGAAUGCUCUCUCUUUGACCUUCCCCUCUCCUCAAGAGAAUGAUCUUCUUGCUUGGAGUGUUAAAAGGGUUAAAGAAUGUCAAUUUGAUCGCUUCUGCUCCCACUCAAGAAGAGCAUAUGGCAGAAGCUGAAGCUAAUCCCCUGUCCUAUAAAGAUAAACUGCUCUGCGAUGGUGGUACCAAAAGUUUCGACAUGGAUCUCUCGUUUGCUGCCUUUCCUGAAUAUAUGGAUGAAGAAUCAGAUAUUGAUGAUGAUCUAGAUGACCCUACUCCUAUUAUCCUCUUCUCCAAAGUGGAAAAAAGAUGCAUGCAUGAGCCAUGGAAAAAUGUGCAUGAAGAUCUCAGCAAGGUCAUCAAUGGAGGUCUUUGGUUUGUUGGUACAAACUAUAUUACUAUCAGACCAUGGGAACCAAAUUUCAAGCCAGAAAUCACAACUUUUUCGCACGCUGUGGUGUGGGCACAGCUAUCGGGUCUCUCAACAGAGUAUUAUGACCCAACUUCUCUAUAAUGUAUUGGUAAUUCAAUAGGAACCCUUCUUAGAAUGGAUGCCCACACAACGCAUCAUACACGUGGUCAAUACGCUCGUGUGUGUGUGUUAGAAUAGAUCUAGAUAAACCCCUUGUCAAGUCCUUCGAUUGGGUAAAAUCUGCCAAAAAGUUGUUUAUGAAGGGAUCAGAGGACUCUGUUUUGUGUGUGGUCGGAUUGGCCAUCAUAAAGAGGUUUGUAUAUU